AUGUUUGGAGACGUGAAAUCUAUCCUCGUUGGAGAGGCAAACAAAGAAGAAAAGGAUGAUGUCAAACCCGCUUCGCUUACAAACGCUUCUAGAAAGUCAUCUGUUCGUCGCUCCGAAUCGAAUUUCAAGCGUCCUGAUAAAAUGCAUCGAGAACUAUAUAGUCUCAUUGGAGGUUCGGAUGUUAAAGAAGCCGGUACUAUUGUUCCCACUGAAAUCAGGAAAGGUUUCGCUCAACUAAAUGCUCAGCUGGGAGGGCGCCCUGUUCGGAAGUACAAGUGGGUUCCGUUCACUAAUGAAGCUCGCAACGAUUCUCUGCAGCUCUACCAUUGGCAACGAGUUGACAAACUUGAGACUCCAGAGCCGUACCCAUUCGCCAAGUUCAACAAGGUUAUCAAUAUUCCCGAUUUCACGGAUGAAGAAUACGAGAAGUAUUUUAAAGUGGAAAAUUGGACUCUUGAAGAGACAAGACACCUGUUUGACGUUUGCCGACGCUUUGACAUACGAUGGCCCAUUGUGCACGAUCGCUACGACAGAGAAAAGUACGGGCUGAGAUCGAUGGAGGACCUAAAAGAGCGUUUUUACGCUAUAGUGAAUGAGAUAGCGAUUAUGAAGGAUCCUGCUUGUGAACCAAUUUGCUACGACGCUGAUCAUGAACGUAGAAGAAAGGAGCAGAUGAUAAAGCUGUAUAAUCGUACGAAGAUGGAGAUGAAGGAAGAAGAAUUCCUUAUCAACGAGUUGAAGAAAAUUGAAGCACGAAAGAAAGAACGAGAAAGAAAGGCACAUGAUCUUCAGAAGCUAAUCAAUACGGAACCACCCGCAAGUCCUUCAGCAAGCGGAGUGUGCAUGUCACCUGCACUAGGUAAGAAAAGGAACCUCUACCGUCAAAAAGGAAGCUCCACUUUGGUCAGUGCGUCCAGCAGUGUCAUCCUAAAUCCCGUGGAUACAUCGAAUGCAUCGGCUAUUCGAUUCUCUGAAUUUAAAUCUGCCGGACCGCAUCUUCGCAGUCAAGAGAUGAAGCUACCUACAAACAUUGGGCAGAAGAAGCUUAAAAAUAUCGAAACGGUUUUGAAUAAGUGCCAAUUGGAAUAUAAUCCUGUGGGGACAGAACUCGUUGUUGCGGCAUAUAACGAAUUCCGUUCCAAUGUAGUUGCUUUGCAAGAGUUGAAGACAAUGUUGCAAACUACAGAGUUUGAACUUGAGAGUAUGCGCAGCAGAAUGAUUGAGGAGGGUAGAUCAACCACUUGUUAUUGA